CAUUAAUUAUCAAUAAUACUCUACUCUAUCAUAACAAUGUAUUUUCAUAUAGUUCUAGAAAAAACUAUAGAGAUAGAGUCUCGCCACUUUGGCCAUCGGUUUCGCGACAACAUCAUCUCCAAACUCAUUAUAGACGUUGAGGGUACUUGCAGCGAACGUCAUGGAUUUGUGGUGGCAGUUACAGGAAUCGAGGAUAUAGGCAAAGGUUUAGGUUGUGUUUGGGCCUUAAUUAGGGAUAAUGGAACUGCUUUUGUUACUUUCCCUGUCAAGUUUAAAUGUCUCGUCUUUCGUCCUUUUAAGGGUGAGAUCGUUGAAGCUGUUAUUACUAUGGUUAACAGGAUGGGUUUCUUUACCGAGGUUAGUCCUGUUCAAGUUUUCGUGUCUAAUCAUCUAAUACCCGAUGAUAUGGAAUUCCAAUCUAUAGACACACCCACUUAUUCUACUUCAGAUGGCUUGGUAAAGAUUCAGAAGGAUACCGAAGUCCGACUCAAAAUUAUUGGUACUCGUGUUGAUACCGAAGAAAUCUUUUGCAUAGGCGCAAUGAAAGAAGAUUAUAUGGGCGUGAGAUAGUAACCCGCACAUGACGUAACACCAUGCAUGGGCUCUUAAUUAUUCAAGGAUAUAUUGUUUAUAAGAUGUUUAAUACCAAACAGUGGAAGUGGAUGUUUUACACGUAGUACUAAACAGUGGAAAUGGAGCUUAACUCUUGACUUGGAAGGUAUAGUUUCUUUAGGAAUUACAAAAGUUCUCCUUUGAGAGACACCUCCAAGGGCGAUCGAGUAGGGCUUUUUCCCCUCAAAAAGGGGUUUUUGCCUGUUAUAAGUUUCUGCUUAUGUUUUUGCGCUUUAAUAUACAAGCUUACCUUUCAUCAAAAAAAAAAAUAAAAAAAAAUCUAUUAGAUUUAUCUCUCAUGCAUCUUUUAUAUGUUAAGAUAUUAGAGAUAUUAUAUGCUACAUUUUAGCCUUUGUAAACCUAUG